AUAAAAAAUCGAAAUUGAAACCUAAGCAAGUGAUAAAACCUACACAACUCUCCCAACCCACGAGAACGGCUAUAAACACUUCCCGUGCCUACUCUCGCCGCCGCCGCCGCCGGUCCGCUCCUCAAUUUCUCUUCCCGCCGCCGGCCUGCUUCGUGCGUAGAUAAAUUUGUAUUCGGCGGUGUAAGUAACAUUAAAAAAAACAGCGAAGAUGAAGGAGACUUUGCUUCCAUCGUCAAUUAAAAACAAAGAGAAAAGAUCAGCAGUCCAUGCGAAGUUGAAGCAGCAAAAGAAGGUAGAGAAGAAGAGGAACCAAAAAGUUCGCGAAGCUGCGGAAAAGAAAGCCUUGGAGCUGGGAGAGGACCCACCGCCCAAGAAAACCCCUCGGACAAUCGAGAACACUCGUGAAUUGGACGAAACUGUAUGCAAACCCGACGACGAGGAGCUAUUUGCUGGAAACGAUGCAGAUGAAUUCAGCUCCAUCUUGAAACAAGAAUGCAUACCUAAGAUAUUGAUUACCACCUCCCGAUUCCAUUCAUCCAGAGGACCCGAUUUUAUUGAAGAUUUGCGCUCUAUCAUUCCCAAUGCUCAUUACUACAAGAGAGGAACAUAUGACCUCAAAAAGAUUGUUGAAUAUGCAAAAAAGAAGGAUUUCACAUCAGUCAUAGUUGUCCACACCAACCGCCGGGAACCAGAUGCUCUGUUGAUUAUUGGGAUACCGAAUGGUCCUACUGCUCACUUCAAACUUUCAAAGCUUGUUUUGCGAAAAGACAUUAAGAAUCAUGGAAAUCCGACCAGUCACCAGCCUGAGUUAGUUUUGAAUAAUUUCACCACACGUUUGGGGCAUCGUGUAGGCAGGCUAAUCCAGUCUCUUUUUCCGCAAGACCCUCAUUUCAAUGGCCGGAGAGUUGUUACCUUCCACAAUCAACGCGAUUUUGUAUUUUUCCGCCAUCACCGUUACAUUUUCGAAACAAAAGAAAGCAAAACGCCGGAAGGUAAAGACAAAAAAGAAAACAAGGCUGCUCGUCCGGGGAAAGUUGUUGCCCGGCUUCAGGAAUGUGGACCCCGCUUCACCCUGAAGCUAACAAGUCUUCAGAAUGGAACAUUCGACACACAAGGAGGUGAAUAUGAAUGGGUACACAAGCCUGAAAUGGAUACCAGCCGAAGGAGGUUUUUCUUGUGAUAAACUCGGAGAUGCGAUUCUUCGGAAAUUUUGAAAAGCUAUGUGGAAGUCUAAUGAAGUUGAGGGUACUAAGUAAAACAUGAAAUUGUAUCAACAAUUUGUGCUAUUAGCUUUGUUUUCUUCAUUUUGAACUGUUGUAGUUUUUGAACUCGAGCUUCAUGUUAUAUGAUUUCAGAGAAUUUACUA